GAUAGCCAAGUCGUGGAUAUAUAUUGGUGUUGAGCGCAACUGUGCUUCAGUUGUAAACACACACGCGAUCAGAGCGCUGAGAAAGCGAGAGCGUCACGCGAACGAUUCAGCUGAGCAAAGCUUUCUUCUUGCGGAUAUUGAUAGUACGUUGAUCCAGUUGAGUAAGAGACUACAAGAUGAAGGCACCAGCAAUCGGCAUCGACCUGGGCACCACGUACUCGUGCGUGGGCGUGUGGCAGCAUGGCAAGGUGGAGAUCAUCGCCAACGACCAGGGCAAUCGCACCACGCCCAGCUACGUGGCCUUCACCGACACCGAGAGGCUGAUCGGCGACCCCGCCAAGAACCAGGUGGCCAUGAACCCCAGCAACACCGUGUUCGACGCCAAGCGGCUCAUCGGCCGGCGCUUCGACGACCCUAAGAUCCAGGCCGACAUGAAGCACUGGCCCUUCAAGGUGGUGAGCGACUGCGGCAAGCCCAAGAUCCAGGUGGAGUUCAAGGGCGAGCGCAAGACGUUCGCGCCGGAGGAGAUCAGCUCGAUGGUGCUGACCAAGAUGAAGGAGACGGCGGAGGCGUAUCUGGGCUGCGCCGUGCGGGACGCCGUCAUCACCGUGCCUGCCUACUUCAACGACUCGCAGCGCCAGGCCACCAAGGACGCGGGAGCCAUCGCCGGCCUGAACGUGCUGAGGAUCAUCAACGAGCCGACGGCCGCGGCCCUCGCCUACGGCCUCGACAAGAACCUCAAGGGCGAGAGGAACGUGCUGAUCUUCGACCUGGGCGGCGGCACCUUCGACGUGUCCAUCCUCACCAUCGACGAGGGCUCGCUGUUCGAGGUGAAGGCGACAGCGGGCGACACGCACCUGGGCGGCGAGGACUUCGACAACCGGCUGACGUCGCACCUGGCCGACGAGUUCAAGCGCAAGUUCCGCAAGGACGUGCGCUCGAACCCGCGCGCGCUGAGGCGCCUUCGCACGGCGGCCGAGCGAGCCAAGCGCACGCUGUCGUCCAGCACGGAGGCGUCCAUCGAGAUCGACGCGCUGCUGGACGGCGUCGACUUCUACACCAAGGUGAGCCGCGCGCGCUUCGAGGAGCUGUGCGCGGACCUGUUCCGCAGCACGCUGCAGCCGGUGGAGAAGGCGCUGAACGACGCGAAGAUGAGCAAGGGCGACAUCCACGACGUGGUGCUGGUGGGCGGCUCGACGCGCGUGCCCAAGAUACAGAGCCUGCUGCAGAACUUCUUCUGCGGCAAGCAGCUGAACCUGUCCAUCAACCCCGACGAGGCGGUGGCGUACGGCGCGGCGGUGCAGGCGGCCAUCAUCUCCGGCGACAGCAGCUCGCAGAUCCAGGACGUGCUGCUGGUGGACGUGGCGCUGCUGUCGCUGGGCAUCGAGACGGCGGGCGGCGUCAUGACCAAGAUCGUGGAGCGCAACACUCGCAUCCCGUGCAAGCAGACGCAGACCUUCACCACGUACUCGGACAACCAGCCCGCCGUCACCGUGCAGGUGUUCGAGGGCGAGCGAGCCAUGACCCGGGACAACAACCUGCUGGGCCGCUUCGACCUGACGGGCAUCCCGCCGGCGCCGCGCGGCGUGCCGCAGAUCGAGGUCACCUUCGACAUGGACGCCAACGGCAUCCUGAACGUGACCGCCAAGGAGUGCGGCAGCGGCAACUCGCGCAACAUCACGAUCCGCAACGACAAGGGGCGGCUGUCGAAGGAGGAGAUCGAGCGCAUGGUGAGCGAGGCGGAGCGCUUCAAGGCGGACGACGACAAGCAGAGGGAGCGAGUGGCCGCGCGCAACGAGCUGGAGGGCUACGUGUGGCAGGUGAAGCAGGCGGCGGAGCGGCUGGGCGAGGCCGACAGGAGGCGGGUGGAGCAGGUGUGCGAGGGGGCGGUGCAGUGGCUGGACAACAACACUCUGGCGGACACGGAGGAGGUGCGGCACAAGCUGCGCGAGGUGCAGCAGGAGUGCUCUGGGUACAUGAGCAAGCUGCACCAGCAGGGCACCGCCCCCCAGCCCCAGGGCCCCACAGUCGAGGAGGUUGACUAGAUCAACAGCUGUGGUCCAACAAGUCUCGCAUAUAAGACUGAUAUUCAAUAUGUUCCUCGCACUUAGCUAAUUUAUUUUUAUACAUUUCUGUGUUGUGAUAGUUGUGAUUGUGUUGUACUUGCUUGCUCGGGUGUUCAUGACGAAACUCUGUCUCUCCUUGACUAGGUCAUAUCCAUACCACGUUGUUUACCAAAGAAUUCAUGUGUUUGCCACUAUAGCUCAGUCUGGACUUAACAUUCCUUGUAGAUAGCAGAAAAGUGGAUAUGAAUGUGAGUGGUUGAAUGUUAUUUAUCGUACAUUUGUAAAUGUAUAUUAUGUUUAUGUUUUAAUAAACAUACCUUUUUUUA